AUGUACGCCGGCGUGGACAAGUAUGGAGGUGCACUGGUAGGUGAGGGUCAACCUGACGGCAGUGCGUCAAGUACUGCUAGCCCCGCCUCUGGUGUAUCACUCGAAGACGCAAUUGAAACUGCUGCCGCCGAAGAGACUGUCGUUGUGGACGUGCCCUUCUCGUACUUGGAAGACGAAGAUGACCCGGAAUCCGUGGUCUCCGGUGUGUCCAAGGUGCUUCUAUCGGCCCAAUUGAACCCCGAAGCCGGUGGCCUCAUGUGGGUCGAGCAAAGUAGCCCACAGGAAGCCUACAAGAAUGUUGUAGCCAUGUCCCAAAUGACCUCCAUGCUUCGAGAUAAAGACCGCAACGACUGCUACGAGCGCGGCAUCAAGCGCGCCAUCGCCAAAUUUAAAGCUGAACGGGGGCGCUCCCCAAUAGUACUCGACAUCGGCACAGGCACCGGACUGCUAUCAAUGCUUGCAGCUACACACGGGGCCGAACACGAUUACGCGUGCGAGAUGUUCGUGCCCAUGGCCGAAAUCGCCGAGCAGGUUACGACAGCCAACUAUCCCGACAAGAUAACGGUCUUUAAGCUGCGUUCUACUGAUUUAAAGGUCACUCCGGAUAAAAUACAGGAUAAGGAUCCCAAGACAACAUACCACCUCCCACGACGUGCUGAUAUGCUGGUGUCGGAGCUCUUUGACUCAGUAUUACUGGGUGAAGCGGUGCUGCCCACGAUCCGUCAUGCGGUGCAGCAUCUGCUGACUCCUGACGCUGUGAUCGUCCCAGAGAGAGCUGCAGUGUUCGCCCAGGUUAUAGAGAGCGAGCCCAUCUUCCACUUCAACAGCUUCAAAAUACAGGAUAAGACCACGGGUCCUAAACUGGCGAGAAGUGACACGGCAUGGCAAUGUGAAGGCGGCAAACCGGCACUCCCGGUGCAUUUCCGCUCCCUGGAGAAGGAUUCUACGCUCCUGACGAAGUCCACGAAGGUGCUGAGUUUUGACUUCACUAAACCAACGACGGGGGCUGCACAAUACCAGGAGACUGUAGUUGAUGUGGUUAAACCUGGAAAGGUGCAAGCUGUGCUCAUGUGGUGGGACGUGAGCUUCGAUGCUGAAGACAGCGUCGUGUACUCCACGAGACCAGGUGCUCAGAACUGGCAGGACCACUGGGUCCAGGUCGUCUUCCCGCUGGUAGCCGACAUUCACACACAGGUUAACGACAAGCUUAUCCUGCGUGCUCACCACGACGACAUCCGUAUCUGGUUCGACGUCGAAGCUGCUCCUGGCAAAGACUUUCCGAAGAAAGCCAAGCGUACCGUGGUCAGUGAGAAGCCUCCGUGCACCUGCGGCCUGCAUCUCAUCUGCAACGCUGAGCGUGUCUCCAUGCUAACAGACACAACACGUCGCGAAGCCUACAGCGCUGCAGUGUCCUCCGCAGUGGCGGAGCUGACCCAAACGGAGCCACUGCGUCCGAUUGCGUGUCUGGAUGUCAGUGACGGGUCGCUGGGUGCGCUACUGGCGGCUUCCCAUAAGCAGGUUACUAGCGUCACCUCCAUUGAGUCCAAGGAAGUGUCUGCGCGGAUCUUCGACCAGAUCUUGACGUACAACGACUCGAACGCCGAGGUGCUUAACAGCGGCGUCAAAGGUCUGCGUCCAGAGCACCUCAAAGACGAGCCGUCGCGUGUGGAUCUGCUGCUGGGCGAACCUUUUUACUACUCGAUGCAGAAUCUUCCUCUCUGGCAGGCAUUCAACUUCUGGCUCCGACGGUCAGCGGUGGAUAAACUGCUGCACCCAAAGGCUCGUGUGUUGCCAGCUCGCGCGAGAGUUCUGGCUCAAGCUGUGAGGUUUGAGCACUUGCAUCAGUGUUUCGGAGCAGUCGGGAAUGUUGCAGGGUACGACCACAGCUGCUUCGACCAGUUUCAAGACGAGUACUACACGCGCAACUUUCCCUUUCCUGCCUAUAUGUACCCAUAUGAACAAGCCUCGGAGAUUGUCGAGCUGGCAGCUCUAGAUUUCAUGCAGACAGCACACACGGUCGCUACGAACUCCAAGAUUGCGCUGAAGGAGCCGGCAGCGAAUGCCGUGAUUGUCUGGGUCGAAUACGACUUGGAUGGUGCAGGUCGCCACGUGGUCGCUACUGGUCCUGCCGUACGAUACGCAAAGCAGCUCAUUCGCUUCCUCCCACCCACGCACGAUCGAUCUCACCUUUGA